AUGGCUCUUCCUCUUACUGGCAAACUUGCCAUUGUUACUGGUGCCUCUCGAGGCAUUGGUCUGUCCAUUACCAAGGCCCUUGCUGCCCGAGGCGCAAACCUCGUCCUCGCCUACACAUCCGCCAGUUCUGCUGAUUCAACAGCCAAGCUUGCUUCUGAGCUGUCCUCCAAGCAUUCUAUCAAGGUCGUUCCCGUGCAAGCAGAUCUCGGCACAGUUUCAGGCCCUGCCUCACUCAUUUCUCAAGCCGCCGAUGCAUUCAGCCCACUGCGCAUCGACAUCCUCGUCAACAAUGCGGGCGUUGCUUAUAAUGACAAGGUCCCUGACAUCAAGGCCGAGGACUUCACAAAGAGCUACAACGUCAACGUGCUUGGCCCUCUUCUUCUCGUCCAGGCCGCACAUCCCUACCUACCCACAGACCGCUCCGGCCGUAUCAUCAACCUCAGCAGUGUGAGCGCAAGUCUUGGUUUUGUUGGCCAGAGUGUCUACGGCGGCACAAAGGCUGCUCUCGAGGCCAUGACACGAACUUGGGCCCGUGAGUUCAGCGAGAGAGCUACCGUCAACGCCAUCAACCCCGGCCCCGUCCGCUCCGAGAUGUACUCUCGCAACUCGGACGAGUUCAAGCGUCUCAUCAAGCCUUUCAUCCAGAAUGCGCCUCUCAUGGCUGCUCGUCCCGGUAUUGACGAUCCCGAAGUCGUCGAGGAGGCCAAGACUGCCGGUGGUCGAGCAGGUGAAGCUGAUGAGAUUGCUGGCAUCGUCGCUAUGCUUGCCAGCCCUGAGAGUGCUUGGUGCACUGGUCAAGUCAUUUGCGCCAAUGGCGGUAUGAUCUUUGGUAUGCAAUAG